UCAAUUUUAGACAAGUCAUAAUCUCACGUUUGGGGUAGUUCACCACAGACAUAUUUUGAACAUAAAUUUGUUACAUUGUUGUCUUAUAACAUUUAACUGUAUUUAGUUUUUCAGUUAUUUACCAUCCCCUGGUAUCACUUCAUAAGAUAUGUCCACCAUGAAUCCCGAAUAUGAUUAUCUAUUCAAACUGUUGCUGAUUGGUGAUUCUGGUGUAGGAAAGUCAUGUUUAUUGUUGAGAUUUGCAGAUGACACUUAUACGGAAAGUUACAUCAGCACUAUUGGGGUAGACUUUAAAAUAAGAACAAUAGAAUUAGAUGGAAAAACAAUCAAACUCCAAAUUUGGGACACAGCAGGACAGGAAAGAUUCAGAACUAUAACAUCCAGUUAUUACAGAGGAGCUCAUGGAAUUAUUGUUGUUUAUGAUGUCACAGAUCAGGAAUCUUUUAAUAAUGUUAAACAGUGGCUUCAAGAGAUUGAUCGGUAUGCCUGCGAAAACGUAAACAAACUUCUGGUGGGGAAUAAAUGUGAUCUCACGACGAAAAAGGUUGUGGAUUACACUACAGCAAAGGAGUUUGCAGACCAGCUAGGCAUUCCUUUUCUGGAAACCAGUGCAAAGAAUGCCACAAAUGUGGAGCAGGCCUUCAUGACAAUGGCAGCAGAAAUCAAAAACCGGAUGGGGCCACCCACAUCUGGUGGAGAAGCAAUACGACCUGGAGAUAAAAUUAACCCCAGUACCCCUGUGAAGCCACAAGGCUCUGGCUGCUGUUAAAAACAAAAAUAAAUAUAACUUCUUUUUUUCUUUCCUUUUUUUUUCUGUAUCUAAAAAUAUAUUUUUUUCCAUCCCUAGUUUACAUAUUAAAUAUAAUUAGUAAACAUCUGGGAACCUGGGCAAUUUAUUAGUUUGUCCACAUAACCUCUCUGACAAACAUGAAACUGAAAGUAACUUGAAAGAUAUCUCUUCCAAAAAAACUCAUUAAAGAGAAAAACCCCUUCUUUGAGAAUUAUCAUAUGCUACUUGUUCUGUGCUUUAAACUAUCCAUGUUAACAUUUUUCAUUAGUUUCCACAUGACCAUGAACCUAUAUAGUAAAAAUAUAUAUACAUUAAGGUGACUGAAGAUUACUCAGUAAUGCAGAAUCAGAUACUUUAUAUAUAUAUAUAUAUUAAUUUGAGGGAACAAAGUAUUUAGUUGUGCUGAAUUUUGGGUUCAAGUUGAAUGAUACUCUUCAAAUGAUAUAGCUAUUGAAGACAGGGAAGUUUCUCAAGAAGGAUAGCCAGAAUUCUUGGUAGCUCAGUGUGUUUUUUAAUCAGUUCAAAUUGGUAACAAAUGUAACAUUUUACAAAACUUCCCUCCUGUUCCUAACACAAAACAACUGAUGAUAAGUAUCAGUAUAGUUGCUUCAGAUUCCAGAAAACCAAAUUUGCUAGGAGAUUGCAAUAUCUGAUAUCUAUUGAUUUUAUAAAAACAACUGCCAUCUGUUGCCUAAAACUGAACUGAGUUGUAUAUUUUUGACUUGGUGAACAAGUUAGUUUGUAUUUAUCAAGAGUUUGUAACCAGCUGAUUAAAGGUUUAUAAUGUACAGCCUUCUAAUUGUACUUCAAACAAAACAUCACAUGAAAAAGUGUUUUGAUUUAGUCACUAAUGCUCUAUUACACUAAAGUCUGACUAGUUAUCUGAUCUAUUAUAUAUGAUACUGAAAUCAGUACAUUCUAUGGCUCAAUCAUUAAAACAAAUAUAGGGGUCUUAUUAGCUAUAUCCUUUCUUGAAACAUGUAAAGCUAGCAUUUUUAAUUUGUCAAAUAUCCAAGUUAUACAUUGAUUUUGUAGUAAUGAUUAUUAUUCUAUACAUUUGAUUUUGAUACCUUGUGUGAUAACAAUGCAUAAUCCCUCUUGGUGCCUGUAAUAGCAUUUGUUUAUAUCGUAAAUAUGUAUAAUUUGAUUUGGUAGCAAAAAUGUACCAAUAUUGGAGAGUAACUUUAGGUAAAGCUAAAGAGGUGACAUUGUACAUGUACCAUUCCAACUGUGCUGUAUGUGUGAAUGUAGUUGUUUACUCUUGUAAAGGUUUGUGUUAAUUCGUUAUUGACCAUUAAAGCGUUUCUUGUAGGGUUUGUUUUUCAAGGUUUUUGUAAAUAUGAAACAACUUUAAUAGAUAUGAUAAGUGAAAGUUAGCAGAACUUUGUAAGAAAGUUUAACUAUUGUUAAACACAUUUAAUACAAACUUGAAACGGAGUAAAAUUAAAAAACUAAAUUAUAAAGUGUAAGCCAAGUUUAAUAGUUAUUUAACAAUAUCGUAUCCAGCAACAUUAAAUAAAUUACACUACAACUUGUACAAAUUUAGUAAUUCUAAUUAAACCGAAUUCAGACGAUUCUGUAUCAGUCAUAUAAAGAAACUGUGUAGGAAGAAAACGAGAAUAAAACAGGUUAGAUAUCAAAAUGGAGAUAACUAUUGAAAAUGACAGGUAUGGAAACUUAACUUUUCUUUUUUUUUUUAUGACGAAAGAAGUAGUUAGUAAACAUAUUUUGUGUGUGUGUGAUAAAUGAGAAUAUGUUGUUUUGCCUAUGGCUCUGUCACGUUAUUCGUUCAGUUUGAUUCUUAAACUUUUCUUGUAUGUUUAAUGCCCUGCACCUUAUAAUUGAAAUGUAUAAAUCAAGAAUUGGAUUAAAGAAACUUUUAAGUACAGUA